CAAUCCCAGCCCUCCCGCAGGGGGUUGGGAAGCAGCCCGGGUGCCUGCCCCUGAGUGGCUGCGGCGUUUGUGCUGGGAGGGGAGGGAAGUCGGGCAGGGGCCGGCCCCCUCUCCCCGGCUGAGGGUCCGGGAGCCGGCUCGGCUGGGCGCUCAGCUCUGGGGCUUGGCGGAGCCCAGGCCGGGCUUUCCUGUUCCUGCUGCACUCGGAGAGAGCGGAAGGAGGGUAAAGCCACGAGCUGGGCAGGGCUGGAGGAACCUGCCCUCCCUGCUGGCGAGGAAGGGCGUCUGACGGGGUGGGGGGGCCUUUCGGGGGCACCUCACAACCCCAGAUCCGGGGGCACCCACUGCACCAAGACCCCCCCUGCAAGACACUUCCAGAGCCCAGGAGCAGCCGAGUGGCUAGAAACUUUGGCAGCCAUUUGCUUCCCAGAGCGGUAGCUGCCCCGGGCCAGCGUGGCACCAGGAGGGCACUGCCAAGGGCACGCUGACAACUGAACCGUGUUGCCACCCCAAUCGCACCAGCAGGUGCGUGGCGAAGGCACCGAGCCCUGGUGCUGCCCCGGUGCCACCCGGGUGUCUCUGACCUGCCAGCGUCUCUGCCAGAACCGCUUUGGCACGGCUGCCCUCCCCUGCCCAGCCUGUGCCCUGCGAGACCCGGAGCUUGGCAGACACAGCAGGGUGUGACUUGGGGUCCCCCCGGGGGUUGGGCACGGCGGCCAUGGCGCAGGAGAGGAAGAGGAGAAGCUUGCCCCGGAUCCCCGAGCUGGAGCUGCUGAGCAGACAGGACGACGAGACGUUUCUGCCCAGCUCCCCUGGUGCCUCCGGCGGCCCCCAGUCCCGGCCCAAGUCAGGCUCGGCCUUCAGGCCCCCCCACUCCCCCGUCUUCUUCCCCAACAACUCGCCCACCUUCCUGACGAGGCUGCGGGUGAACAGGAGCAUUCAGGAGCAUCACCGCAAGCUGAAAGGCUGCUUCGAGGUGGAGAAUGGCCCCUCCCCGGCCAGGAGCCCCCUGGACCCCCAGGCCAGCCCCGGCCUCGUCCUGCACCCCAGCUUCCCACCGGGCCAGCGGCGCGAGUCCUUCCUAUACCGCUCGGACAGCGACUACGACCUGUCGCCCAAAACCAUGUCCCGCAACUCCUCCGUCGCCAGCGAGUCCCACACGGAGGACCUGAUCGUGACACCCUUCGCCCAGGUGCUGGCCAGUCUGCGCAGCGUGAGGAACAACUUCUCCGUCCUGGCAAACGUCCCGACCCCAGCGUCCAACAAGAGGUCCCCUGUGGGCAGCCAGCCGACCUUCUGCAAGGCCAUGCUGUCAGAGGAGACCUACCAGCAGCUGGCCAAGGAGACCCUGGAGGAGCUGGACUGGUGCCUGGACCAGCUAGAGACGAUCCAGACCUACCGCUCCGUCAGCGAGAUGGCCUCCAACAAGUUCAAGAGGAUGCUGACCCGUGAGCUCACCCACCUGUCUGAGAUGAGCCGCUCCGGAAACCAGGUCUCCGAGUACAUUUCCAGCACGUUCCUCGACAAGCAGAACGAGGUGGAGAUCCCGUCCCCCACGCAGAAGGAGCGGGAGAAGAAGAAGAAGCAGCAGCCCAUGUGCCAGAUCAGCGGGGUGAAGAAACUCAUGCCUACCUCCAGCCUGACCAACUCCAGCAUCCCCCGCUUCGGGGUCAAAACCGACCAGGAGGAGCUCCUGAGCAAGGAGCUGGAGAAUCUCAACAAGUGGGGCCUGAACAUUUUCCACGUCUCCGAAUAUUCCAACAGCUGCUCGCUCAGCUGCAUCAUGUACACGAUAUUCCAGGAGAGAGAGCUGCUGAAAACCUUCAAGAUCCCGGGGGAGACGCUGCUGACGUACGUGCUGACCCUGGAGGAGCACUACCACGCCGACGUGGCCUAUCACAACAGCCUGCAUGCGGCCGACGUGGUGCAGUCCACGCACGUCCUGCUGGCCACGCCCGCCCUGGACGCUGUCUUCACCGACCUGGAGAUCCUGGCCGCUCUGUUUGCAGCCGCCAUCCAUGACGUGGAUCACCCGGGCGUCUCCAACCAGUUCCUGAUCAACACCAACUCGGAGCUGGCCCUGAUGUACAACGACGAGUCGGUCCUGGAGAACCACCACCUGGCCGUGGGCUUCAAGCUGCUGCAGGAGGAGAACUGCGACAUCUUCCAGAGCCUCGGCAAGCGCCAGCGCCAGACCCUGCGCAAGAUGGUCAUCGACAUGGUCCUGGCCACCGACAUGUCCAAGCACAUGACCCUCUUGGCCGACCUCAAGACCAUGGUGGAGACCAAGAAAGUGACGAGCUCCGGGGUGCUGCUGCUCGACAACUACACGGACCGGAUGCAGGUCCUGCGUAACAUGGUUCACUGCGCCGACCUCAGCAACCCCACCAAGCCGCUGGAGCUGUACCGCCAGUGGACCGACCGCAUCAUGGAGGAGUUCUUCCGGCAGGGCGACAAGGAGCGGGAGCGGGGCAUGGAGAUCAGCCCCAUGUGCGACAAGCACACGGCCUCCGUGGAGAAAUCCCAGGUGGGCUUCAUCGACUACAUCGUUCACCCGCUGUGGGAGACGUGGGCGGACCUGGUGCACCCCGACGCCCAGGAAAUCCUCGACACCCUGGAGGACAACCGGGACUGGUACCACAGCAUGAUCCCGCAGAGCCCCUCCCCGCCCCCAGACGACCAGGACAAGGACGAGGAGGCCUGCCUGGAGAAAUUCCAGUUCGAACUGACGCUGGAGGAGGAGGGCGAGGAGUCUGAUCAGUCGGACCCGGACCGGAGCAGCCCGGACCACGAGGACAACAGCUUCUCCACUGCGGAGGAGGAGCCCCCCUGCCUGUCCCCGGAGGAGGGGGGCGGGCAGAACGGACUGGCACACGACACAGCCCCGGGGGCACCGUGACUCUGGGCUUCGGCUCAGCCGCCCGGCGGAAAACAAAACUAAAGCCACACACCUGCACCCCCCGCCAUGGACUCUUUUUGGGGGGGUGGGGGGGAACCAACAAAAAAACUCCAUUUAAUUUAAUUUUGGUUUUAGUUGGGAGGAUUUUUAUUGUAUUUUUUACAACAACAAAAAAAAGAAAAAGGAAAAAAAAAGAAAAACUUCUAAAAAACCAAACCACAAAAAAAGGGAACACACACAGCUACUGUAGAGGUGGGUCGGCCCCCGGGCACGGCCCCGCCACAGCGGAGCUCCAAGCCCUCUGGACUCUUCCAUUUCUCGUCUUCGGGGUUUGCUGGUUUUUUUACGGAUUCGUUCGGAUGAUUUUUGAUUUGGAGCAGCCGGGGGGGCCGGGGCAGCGGGUGCUUUUCGCUUUCCAUUCGGGUCCCCCUCACCCCGCGGCCUUCAGAGAUAUAUUUUUUUAAACAAUCAGGAAUGAACACAGAGCAGAAUCGGCGCGCAGGGGGGCAGCUGACUCUGCGGCCCCCCCCAGCCCUGCACACUGUCCUAGCUGUGACCCCUCAGCCAGGCUAGUUCUGGCCGGGGCCUUUCUGCCAACGCUGCCGGCUGCUCCGGGCCGCACAAGGGUGGCUAUUAUUAUUUUAAUUUAUUACUACGGUGGGAGGGGAUGGUUAUGGGGUCUGGGUUAUUUUUAACGCACCUGGUAAUUUAUUGUAAAUUAAUUAUUAUUUUUGGAAAGUUGGGGAGGGGAGGGGAGGGGAGAGAAGUUGUUUUAUUUUUCUGUAAUCAGAUUUUUUUCUCCCAUUGCUUUGGGGGUUCAUUUCGUCCCCCUCUUUCCCCUCCCCCACUGAGGCCAUAGCUCCCCCUUUCCCGGGAGGAUGAGAGGGGGGUUAACUUUUGAAAAGGGGGAACUAAACGGCGAAGCUCCAACCCCCGCCCUCGAAGCUCUCGAGCGACCAGCCAGCCAAGUCUUCCUCUCUUCAUCCGUUUGCACAAAUACGGCGCUCCGGCCGCAUGGACUGAAUGUAUCAGCCACCUGCUCCCCUGCCCCCCCCACCCCCUGAGCAGCUGGGAACCAGCUUCGCUUCCCUUUGAGUUGACUUGCCAACUCCCCCCCACCCCCCCAGCUGGCAGCUGACGGGCUACGGGCACCAUCACUGCAGGGAGGCGCCCAGGGGAUAGUCGAAGGUGCCAAAGCCGGAUUCAGUGGGUGCUGGGCUCCGGACUGUCCUUUGGGGCUCCUGCUUGGUGCCCUCUGCAGUGUUAGGCACCCGACCCCUGGGCACCCUCGGGACUCUGGCCUUGCGAGAGGAUCCGGGGCCAGCAGGAAGCCAGAGCGCCCGGCUCCCGAGUGCUUUAACUGACCCCCUCGGGCUCUGAAGCCCCCGGACCUCUCCCUGCUCUGGUGGGAACAGGGGGCAGACGGUGUGGGGGGAGAGCGGAACAAGCGCCCCCCUCUGGCCAUGGCCUCGCAGACCCUGGCGGGCAGCGCUGCAGCCUGGCUCUCUGGGGCUCUGCACCAACCAGGCCACAGCAGGAGCCAACUGGGCUAGUGCAGACGCGGGACACCACCCCCGGCAAAUGGGAACUGGGCCCCCGGCUUCUGCCUUCCCUGGCUCAGUCCUCCUCCCCCUCCCUGAAUGUCCAGCAUCCGGUGGGGGCAGGUGGAGCUGGGGCUUUAGAACCAUUUCCUCAGGGUGUCCCUGUGCUAAAUGGGGGGGGGGGGAGCAGCUCCCCCCCCUUGGUCCCACUAGCCGCGUCUGCACCUGCCCGGUUCUGUCUGCAAGACACGCGGGGCUCGCUCUGCGGGGCUCAUCUCUGGGGUUACGUCAGGGGGAUCCCCCCCGCCCCGCCCCGCAGGAAAUCAGAGUUUCUCUCCAUUGAGUUGGGAGGGGGCAGUCUUAUGGCAAAUGUCCUCCGGGGGCGGGGGGGCGAGAGGGCAGGGGAAUGGGAGCAGGCUGGGGCUGAUGCCCCUACCAUGAGCUUUUGAACAAAAGCCCUUGGGUGCAGCGUCUCCUGGGGCUCGUCCCCUGGGGCCAGCACCUCAGGGUCCUCGGGCCAGAGGCUGCCCCGUGGGGGUGCCUGGGACAAGAGUGGGGCUGAGGGGAUGAGGAACAGGGGCAGGGCCCACCCAAGCGGUGUGGCACUGGGCAUGGGCCCGGGGCAGGCGCAAGCCAUGCGGGCGGCCCCAGCUAGCGCCCGGGUGGGGCCCGUGGCCGACUGGGGGGAGCGGUGCCAUGUCUGAACACUGUACUGUAGCGAUGGAUUUCGAUUUUCCGCCAGCUGGGGUGUGGCCGGAGCGGGGGUCGGGUGGCGCCCGCCCCGUAGAGCCUUUAUUUUUGUACGCGGUUCGGUUCGGUGCGUCGGUCGGGUCGGUUUUGUUCUGUACAUAUGUGAAUAGCAGCUGUAAAUGACCCCCCACUUAAACAAGACAGCCCGUCCCCCAGUGUGGGCCGGGGGGGGGCUGAGCCCCCUCCCCAGGAUCUGAGCUCCCUCUCCCCCCGCGUCUGUAUCUGGUGUAACAGCUCCUCCUUCGCCAUGUCCUUGCGGUCUCUCUCUCGGAGCUGCGGAGCUCACAAUAAAACCAGGAGGAAGGGA